AUGACUACAAAACACUCUGAGGAAGCUGUUUUACGAACGUUUACGUGUUUGAAGUCUGUCGAAAAGGAGCUGUUUUCGAUUUUGGGAUACUCUGCCGCCCUUUCCGUUCUUAUUGGGAAAGUAUCAUCUGGUGAGUGCAAUGUCCUGGAUGCAUUAUGGUGUCAAUGGAAAAUAGAUAGCCUGGUGUUGCUACGGCCUCAUCUUGCAACUCAGAAGCCUGCUUCUUGUGACACAAUUUCGGAUUGCAUUCGACGGCGAGCUGGAUGGGGCUCAGUUGCGGCCCAGGCUAGCUCAAAACAGAAGAGGCUGUUUCAGGGAAGCUCUCUUGAGGAGAUGGUAUCUCUUUGGAAGGAAGAACUAGGGUUCGCCGGGGAGAGGGCAGGGAGGGAGCUUGGAGCCGUUGGAGAGCAGUGA